AUGCAGACUACCAAAGUCUUGGAUGAUGAUUUGGAGACAUUGUUGGACGAAGUGGUUCGGGCGAGUAACCGCGGUGUGUCAACAUCUAAAAAUGUAACCGGAGGACCCAACUGGAGCUUUGGUCAAUCAUUGUUCUUCUCGUCUACUGUAGUCACCACUAUAGGUUACGGUCACGUGACACCAUUAUCCCAACCAGGCAAGCUGUUCUGCAUGGUGUACGCGCUCCUCGGCAUUCCCUUAACCCUGGUCCUGCUAUCGGCUUUGGUAGAACGUCUAUUGCUACCAGCAACUGCUCUUUUAAGAUCACUGAAUGCUGCAUUGGGACAUUUGUACCGCCCGUUCACGAUUCGUUUAGUACAUCUUAUGAUUAUAGUAACAAUCCUCGUAGUGUUCUUCCUCGUGGUGCCAGCAGCUAUUUUUGACGCGAUGGAGCCCGAUUGGGACUAUUUGGAUUCCUUCUAUUAUUGCUUCAUAUCCCUAACAACUAUCGGACUUGGAGAUUAUAUCCCUGGAGAUUUUCCGGGACAGCCCUACCGGCCGUUUUAUAAAGUCGCUGCUACAUUCUACUUAAUCGCUGGCCUCACCUUCUUAAUGCUCACUCUGACAGUCUUCUACGACAUACCCCAAUUAAAUAUAAGUACCGUAUUUUCUUCAAUGAAACUCGAUGAAGAUCCGGAAAAGAUGCGAUUAAGUGGAUCAGGAGUUAUGGGACCAGGAUACGGAAUUGGGGGACUGGUGAUGAGGGAUGACUAUCAUCAUGACCAACGUCGUUCUGUUGUGCACAUCAGGCCUCAUCUCGAUGACAGCCCUAGCCCUGAGGACACUACGCCGGUUCAUGCGCGUGAUAUUCGAGUACAU